CGUUCUCAGAAGAUGGAGACCUGGAAGGUCGACCAGCAGCUUGGCACUUCUGCCUCCUCCGACUCCUGGAGAUGGGACUCCGCCGGGACCUCGAAGCCGCUGAGAGACCUUCGGAGCAAGGAGGAACAGUAUCUACGUUUAAAUGCAGAACUUGAAGCGAAAACAGCCGAACUGGUUCGUCAAGCAGAAGAAGCAAUAAGAGAUCAAAAUGAGAUACUGAACAAAGUAGUUUCAUCUCCAGUUAAACCGUAUGAGGAGAAAGAAGAUGAUAAUACAAAAGAUCACUUGUCUUCUGAAGGAUCAGUUUUCCUACUUUCAAAUAGUAAGCAACCAAAGAUCAAUAAAUCUGAUUCCACAACUGAAAUUCAAAGCAAGUCACAAUCUGGGAAUAAAGGAAAGAAAAAAACUUCAAGUGUAAAAUUAAAACGUGCUAAUAUGCAAACUGCCAAUGAUGUUGCUGUUCCAGAGGACUUCAAAGAUUUUUCACUUACAAACACAAUUAUUAGAAUUGAAGGAAAAUUAGAAGAAGGAGAUUCACCUGAUGACAUAGAUGAUGAUAUUUUCCCUGGUCUCAGUGAAGACAUUGGAACAGAGGCCCAGAUCAGAUUUCUAAAGGCAAAACUCCGUGUUAUGCAAGAGGAAUUGGAUAGUCUCGUAUAUGACUGCAAUAAAAAGGAGGAUGAAGUAAGAAAUUUAAAAGCCUCUCUUAAAGAUAUUAAUGAAGAUCGUGUUAGAAUGGAGCGAACAAUCAAUAUUCAGCAGUCUCAGAUUGAAAAAUAUAAAACUCUUUCAGAGGAAGCAAACAAAAAAUGUGAUGGAUUUCAGCAACAGCUGACUGCAGUAGAAAAGGAAUUAGACAACAGAAAGAGAUUACAAAAACAGGCUUCGUCUAGUCAAAGUGCCAUAGAAGUUCGCUUGAAUAGAGCUCUUGAAGAUGUAGAAAAGUAUAAACUGGAGUUAAGUAAAUUAAAGCAGAGUAACAAGGACUUAGCAAAUGAAGAACAUAAGAAAAUUGAAGAAUUAAAAACAGAAAACAAGAAGCUGGAAAAACAAAAGGGAGAGUUAAUGACAGGUUUCAAAAAACAGCUGAAAUUAAUUGAUAUUUUAAAAAGACAAAAGAUGCAUAUUGAAGCCGCUAAGAUGCUGUCUUUCACUGAAGAGGAAUUUAUGAAGGCACUUGAAUGGGGAAGUAAAUAAAUUUAAUAUACCUCAAAUACUUCGCCCCAAAAUUCUCCCUACAAGAAAAUUCUGUGUGCCUGAUAAAUUGGAAGUAUUUUACUUUAUUUGUAAGUUUGAAUAUUAAAAUAUUUUAAACAAUCCAGCAGAUUUUAUGGGUGGACUGUGCAAAAGCUACAUAAUUCACAUGCAAAAACUGAUAGUUUCUUAUAGAGGAGAAUUCUAAAGUUCUUAGAUUUUGUUUGUUAUUUGAUGAUUUUAUCCAACAUAUUUAAUUAUUUUAUACAAAAUUUACAUAGCACACUACAUAAAAUAGACUUUGAGGAUUGUGUGGAGAUGCAGAGAUAUUAUAGGCACAUUAACUCAUUUUGAUACUUUCAGUUAUUAAAAGUGUACUAGUGAUAGUUUUCUUUCAAUAUUUUUAUCUUUAAAUUGUAAUGGUUAGGGGGCAGCUAGGUGGCGCAGUGGAUAAAGCACUGGCCCUGGAUUCAAGAGUACCUGAGUUCAAAUCCGGCCUCAGACACUUGACACUUACUAGCUGUGUGAUCCUGGGCAAGUCACUUAACCCCCAUUGCCCCCCCCAAAAAAAAAGUUGUAAUGGUUACAAAGAAGUUACAGGGGAGUUCAGCAAUGUCAUCUUCAAGCUGGUCUAUCUGCGGAUUACAGCACUUAUUUGAAUUUCUAAUUUAUUUUAACAUCUCAAUAAAAAUACACAUUUUUAUGUUUAUGUAAUGGGGAGAACCUCUCAUCAGUCUGAUGAGUGCUACUAGUCAACUAGAUGAGGUUCUAGAGCCUUUGUCAGAAGGGAGCACCUUCCAUACAGCGAGACUUGGACCAUAGCCCUUAGUGAAAGGACACAGGGAAUCCCAUUAAUUGGUCCCCAGUGACUAGAGCUGUCUCUUGGUUGUCUAAGGUUCAGAAGGAUGGACUUUUUCAUAGGAAUUACCUUUCCUGUGGUCUCUAAGAGUGAAGUCUGUAGUACCCCCAAAGUCCUUUUUUCUGUGCACUUUCCCUCCUUGGACAGACUUCCAUACCAGAAUAUAGUAGAGGAAGGGAUUUCUUCUUCCCACUCCUCCCCCGCCCCGAAGCAGUGUCAACUCAUGGCAGAAGAACAUGGCAGUUGGAGAUGAUGCAUUUGUUGCACUCAGCCUGAGAGAGAGAAGGUUCCUGAAGGCCAGCCUCCCCUGUAGAGGCAAUAAUCUAGAGAAGGGAGAUUUCCUAAGAAGUAACAGGUUUGAUAGUUUCAUAUAUAGUCUCAAGUUCAAGGGUAUGAGUUCUAGAAUUAAUGAGUUGAGUGCCAGUUAUCCAGAGAAAUAAUUCUAUAAGGAUACUCUUUUUAGAGAAGAGGCCCACCAAUGGGAGCAUCCUGCAAUUAAAGGGCUAGAGUCAUGCCGUAAGACAGGAGGGGAUCUGGACCUUGCCGGUAUUCUAUAAUGGUGCUUUGAGUUGCUUGGAUGGUGCAGGUUUAAACUGAAUAGGGUAGGUGGCAGAGGAAAGGCAGUAAGCUCUCAGAACUCACGACAUGAUUGCUCCAAAAAAAAAAAACCCAAAAUAAAGUGAAUAGGGUAUAUUUAUUUACUGUAAAGUAUAUUUACCUUCCAGGGGAGCAUAAUGAAUUUAGACUAUUUGAGUGUCUUACUUUUCUUCUAUUUGUUUUUUUAAUAUUUUAUGUUUCUUGAUUACUUUGCCAUUUUCUG